AUGGGCACAGCAUUACUAACAGAAGUGAAACGCAGGGAUCUCCGGGUUGGAAGAAAGUACAGAAUCGGCCGUAAGAUCGGCUCAGGAUCUUUUGGAGAUAUCUAUCUCGGCACCAAUAUCAUUUCCGGUGAGGAAGUGGCCAUCAAAUUGGAGAACAUUCGCGCGAAACACCCUCAACUUGAAUACGAGGCAAAGGUGUACAAAGCGCUAUGCGGAGGAGUGGGAAUUCCAUUUAUCAGGUGGUUCGGAACCGAAUGCGAUUACAACGCCAUGGUGAUGGAUCUUUUGGGACCUUCUUUGGAAGAUUUGUUCAACUAUUGCAAUCGGAAGUUCUCGUAUAAGACGGUGCUGCUGCUGGCAGACCAACUGCUUUGCCGUAUCGAGUUUGUACACGCCAGAUGUUUCAUACAUCGUGAUAUCAAGCCGGAUAACUUCCUUAUGGGAAUAGGCAAGAAAGGCUCUCAGGUCAACAUGAUCGACUUCGGUUUGGCCAAGAAGUUUCGUGAUCCAAGGACGCAUUUGCACAUCCCUUACAAAGAGAACAAGAACCUCACGGGAACGGCCAGAUACGCCUCCAUCAACACACAUCUAGGAAUUGAGCAAUCAAGGCGGGAUGAUUUGGAGUCCUUGGGCUACGUUUUGGUGUACUUUUUGCGGGGAUCUCUCCCAUGGCAAGGUCUGAAGGCUGCUUCUAAGAGGCAGAAGUACGAUCGUAUCCUGGAGAAGAAGAUGGCCACUCCGGGCGAGGUUUUGGCCAGAGGAUUACCCACAGAGUUUGUGCACUAUUUGACAUAUGUCAGAUCGUUGCGUUUCGAGGACAAGCCGGACUACAUAUAUCUGAGAAGACUGUUCAGAGAUCUUUUCAUAAGGGAGAAUUACCAGGCAGACUAUGUGUUUGACUGGACGGUGUUCAAGAUACAGCUACACCAGCAGCACAGACAGCAACAACUUCAGAAGCAGCAGCAGAAAGUGACGGAUGGCGAGCAGCAAGACCCAGCAGAAGAAGGCGCUAUUCAGGGGCAGAUAGAAGCCCAGGCUCAAGUACAGUCACAAGCUAUUCCCGUGAAUGCAGCAAAUAACAGCAACAACAAGAUGAUGUACUACUCGGAAUCACCUCCUCAGCAGCAGGUGCGGCCGUUACUUCAACAGCAGCAACAGGCGCAAACAAGCCGUGCGAUUGGUGGAGUGGAAAGUCCAUACUUAGGCAGAAUGACGACAAGCCAGGUACCACAGCCGGUACAGCCUAUACAGUCUCAGCAGACCCAACAGGCUCCGCUGUCAACAUCCGAGCAACAGGCUCAACAGCAGCAACAAUUAAAGAAUCUCCAGUGGUUGUGA